CAAAAAAUACCAUUUCCAAAUCAAAUGUCAAUUAGUGUUUUCGAUGUCGUUAUAUUAUGGUCAAAUCUAUUAGUCAGAUGUUAAUUUUGAAUUCUGUUUGUUCACCUACAUAAUGAUAUAUCAUUAACAUUAUGUAUCUCAUAGCUGUCAGUGUAAAGUGAUUUCAUACCAGAAUGAAAUUGAUUAUGAAAAGUGAAUAUUAAUGUUCCACCAAAAAAAAUCCCAAAUUAUGGUCGCUAUGAUGAAAUCAGUCUUCUUCAUUCUACUCACAUUGACGAAUUUCUAUGUUUCACUUGCUCUGGAAUCACUAACCGCAGAAAUGUGGGACGAAAUAACGAAAUUUCUAGAAGAAAAUUCUACCGAUUCCAAACUCAAUUUGGACCCGAAUUUGGGAAACAACCCGAAAGACGAUUGUCAACACGAGUGCGUGCCAUUUUAUCUCUGCCGAAACGGCACCAUAAACACCGAUGGUAGUGGUAUACUCGAUAUCAGGCAAAAGGACGGCCCUUGUUCCAACAUGUUCGAGGUGUGCUGCAGACGAGAAGACAUCUCCUCUACUCCCCUAACCACCACCCCCUCUCCAAUUUCCUAUCCCAGGGGAUGUGGUUAUCGCCGCCCCAACGGUCUAGGCGUCAAAAUAAUAGGCGACGAACUCAACGAGUCCCAAAUCGGGGAAUUCCCGUGGAUGGUAGCCGUCAUACCAGAAAAGGAAAUGCUUAAGCUCGUCAGCAAACCGAAAUGCGGGGGAGCCCUCAUCCACUCCAGGGCAGCCAUUACCGUAGCCCACUGCGUUUCGAACCGAGCAGAGAGGUUCGUCAUCAGAGCAGGCGACUGGGACAUCAGCACUGACACCGAACCGUACACUCCUCAAGACGUAGCUGUUAAGUCUGUGAAACUUCAUCCAGAGUUCCAUCCCAAAAGGUUGACCAACGAUAUAGCUAUUCUCUACCUGGAGGAUGCUGUGAAGAUCACUGCGAACGUGGACGUCAUUUGCUUGCCCAGACAGAAUCAACAGCAUCUCUUUGGCUUGAGCAAUUGCAUAGCUACUGGCUGGGGCAAAGACAGGUUCGAUGAGCCUGCUGGGCCUCACAAGAUCCUCAAGAAGCUUCACCUGCCUGUGGUGCCUAGUUUGGCCUGCCAGCACAGCCUCAGGCACACCAGGCUGGGUCCACAUUUCAAUCUUCACAAGAGCUUCAUGUGCGCAGGGGGUGAGAAGGGAAGAGACACGUGUAGCGGCGAUGGGGGUAGUCCCUUGGUGUGUCCCUUGGAGGGAGAGGAGGGGAGGUACUACCAGGCGGGGAUAGUGUCUUGGGGUAUCGGCUGUGGCGAGGAGAAUGUACCAGGGGUUUAUGUUGAUGUGGCGAUGUUCAGAGAUUGGAUCGACCAGCAAUUGGAGUUCUACGGACUGCUGGAGAAUAAUGAUGGGGGUCGAUUAAAGUUGAAUGGAAGAUUUCGGAUGAGAUUUGAUAUGGAUGAGAAUUUUAGUGAACAUUGAAUGGGCCAGGAACUGCGGUUGUUUUAGGCCAAAUUCGAAGCACGUAUAUUUAUUUCAACUUUUAUCAUCUUUUAUAUAAAGCACUAAUAAAAAUAUUUGUACACUCUGUUCCGAAAUUCGACCAAAAAUUCGCG